AUGUUAAUCGAGAACUUCAUUUGGGAUCUCCAAAGGUACGUCAACUCCAACACUACCUUUGAAGAAGAGAAAGUAUUUGUGGGAAGUCUAUUCCUCGUUGGGCACACAAAGACUUGGUGGAGACUCCGAACAGAAGACUUCUCAAGGCCACCAGUCACCGACUGGGAGGGAUUCACGUGGGAAAUUCGAGAUCAGUUUCACCCAGCAAACUCGGGCCAAGUUACCCAGACUGCAAUGAGGCAACUCAAACACGCUAGGUCUAUCUGA